UUACGAUGAAAAUAGUGGUUUUAAUCACUGAACAUAUGCAAACGCUAUUUUUCAUCGCUGGAAUGGCAACCCUUUAUUUUUGCUUUGUAAAAGUGUCAUUGCGUGAACUGUCAAAUUGUUGUGAGUUAAUAACGUAUGGACAUGUGAUGUGCAAGAUGAAUCGCAAAGGAAUACGCUCACCGACGAAGAACAGGUUAAUAAGUAGCUAUUUCCAAAAGGAGCUACCUGCACAAAAUUCAGAUCCAGAAAAUGAAGGUGGCAGAUGCAGUUCAUCUUCAAGUGAUUCGUCUCCUCAAAAAGAAAGGACUUGUCUAGACAAUUGUAUUUCUUCUUCGGAAUCUGACGACCAUGAGCCUGCAGCGACUUUUCCAUCACGACAAAAAAAAUAUAAACAACAUUUCAGAGAGGAAUGGAAGCGUGAUUUAAGUUGGCUAGAUAACAUCAAAGGCAAAGCAUUUUGCAAAAUUGGCCAAAAAUAUCUCUCUAACAAUAAAACAAAUAUUGAAAGACAUGGCUAUGGUGAGUCACAUAAAAAAAAUGAAUGCACAUUGAAGCAGCAGCCGAAAAUAAACCAAAAUAAAAAAGUGCAAGCAUUUGAAUCGAAAAUUCGAAAAAUAAAAAUUGCGGAGCUGAAAAUAAUAUUAUUUUUGUGUGUUCACAAUUUACCUUUUGCACUGAUUACACCAUUAAUUGGUCUUAUUAAGAGUGUUGCCAGAAACGAUGAAAUAGUGAAAGAAAUAAAGUGUGGUAGAACCAAAGCAGCAGAGACAAUUAAUGGUGUAUUGGCUGAAAAUUUUAUGGAAGAUAUGGCUAAUUGUUUAAGACACAAUAAGUUUUCGCUUAUUAUAGACGAAUCUACUGACAUAAGUACCUCAAAAUGCCUAGGAGUAGUUGCUCGUUAUUUUGAUCAACAAAAUGGCAAAAUUCGAGACCGUUUUCUAAGACUGAUUGAAGUACAAAAAUGUGAUGCAUGAUCAUUAUUUGAGGCGCUAAAAAAAUUGUUUAUUGAUUUGAAAAUACCAUUUGAAAAUGUUGUUGGAUUUGCCGCUGAUAAUGCCGCUGUAAUGAUGGGUGGCGUUUCAGGUGUUAAAACCUUAUUAAAAGAAUGGAACCCCAAUCUUUAUGUGAUUGGCUGCAUUUGCCAUUCAAUGCACCUAUGUUCUUCAACAGCCACGAAAACCAUACCUCCAGAAAUAGAACAAUUAGUAAGAAACAUUUAUUAUUUUUUUGCACAUAGUAGUAAGAGGCAAGUGGAAUUUCAAGAAUUUCAAGAUUACUUUGACUUAAAAAAGCAUAAGAUUUUAAAAAGAGCUGACACAAGAUGGCUUAGUUUGGAACACGCCAUAGUAAGAGUGUUAGAACAAUGGCCAGCUCUUCAAACUUAUUUGGCUAGCGCUGCUUUUGAGGAAAAUAAUGACAUUGCUAAAAAAAUCUUAGAACAAAUGACACCGUUAAAUAAAUGCUAUUUGCUGUUUUUAAGCAGCAGUCUAAAAAACGUAAAUAAAAUAAAUUUAGAGUUUCAGGCAACAGAACCACGCUUCCAUCAGCUCUUAAAAAUAUUAAAAUUGUAUUUAAAAAGUAUUUUAAACAAUUUCAUGCACAUAAACCUAUUAAAUUUUGAAUCAUUAAGUGAAGAUACUAUAGAAGAUAGUACAAUGUACAAAAAACUAGAAGAUCUCUAUCUUGGAGCAGAAACUGAAAUGUUUAUUCUAGGAGGCACUUUAACCGCGGAAGAGAUUUACUCUAUGCAAUAAAAUUGUUUACGUUUUUACAUUUCGCUAAGCAAGCAAAUUUUAAAAAGAAUAAAUUUUAAGGACCCAGUUUUGAAAGCACUACAAAUAAUUGAUCCAUUAUCGUUAGGGCCAAGCCUUGUGCCACUUAUUAAUAUAUUCCCUAAUCUCGUUGGAAAUAUGAACAUUGAAGAUAUUAAUGAAGAAUGGAGACUUUUAUUAUUACAUGCAUUUUCCGAGGAAGAGAUGACUCUUGAAAUGUUUUGGCAAAAUGUUUUUAAAGUAAAAAAUAGUUUAGGAGAGCACAUGUAUCCACAUUUGCGGCAAUUUAUAAGUUCUUUACUUUGCUUGCCUCAUAGCAGUGCUCCCACGGAGCGUGUAUUCUCCCAAAUGAAAUUAAAUAAAACGGCUAUCCGAAAUUGUCUUAACGUAGAAACAGUGAGUUCCAUACUUCUAAUUAAAGAAAUAAUGUCAGAAUUUGAAUUUGAA